AUGCCGUCAGGGGUGUUGAUGGGCGCGCAUGACGACAACGGAUUCAUGGACCAGCGUACAGACGUCGAUCCUGAAUUCGAAGAGCGCGAAACGGAUAUCUCGUGCAAGACGAACGAGACAAACCACUACAAAUUUUCCGGCUACAAAUUCCCGGUGCACAUCACGCACUUCUUUGGCGCUUUCCGCUUGCAUCGCCGCGACUACCAGCAAUGCUUUGAUUCAUUUCAAGAUACAGCCCGUUUACCGCACUAUUACGAUGUGGAUGGCCAAAACUGUCUGGUGCUCGACGAGGUGUACGGCUGUCUGGAGUGCCCGGUCCUCUCUCACCCAAAGGCGACGCUCGAGGAUACGUGCACUCCAGCUGGGGGACUUCUAGUCGGCGACAUCGAGCUGGUGCCCGAGAAUUACGAGGAGGCAGCACAACUCGCGCUCCCCAAGCCGGCAGACCGUUAUUGUCCAUUGCGCGGCUACUACGUCGAGUCGAUGGGCGGGUCGACGUGUCUGCGUUGCGACAAGGCCUGCACGUCGUGCUGGGGUCCAACGGAUCGUCACUGCUACGAGUGUCGGCACUAUGGGUGGCUGGAUCUGAAGGCGAAGCAGGCGCGCUGCGAGCUGAACAUGGCAUUUUGGCUCCCAGGGCGGGACGAGGACGGCCGAAGACCCCAUAAGGCCAGUGACCGGGACACCAUCACCCCACGUGACCAGUGGAUGCGCAAGGUCGAUAUGGGGAAAUACAGGGGAACACCCGACGUCUUCUACUCGUUGUUCUUCCGCAACAUCACCCAGUGGAAAGAGUAUUGGGACGAGAAGGAGAGCAGCGGCCAGUUGUCCAUCGUCGACAUCUACAAGCCGUUUUGCGCAAGCCCGGACUGCUUGAAAGGGUGCCGGCCGGCCCAUGAGGACGAGCUGCUGAUAUGGCAUGUAGUGACGUUCAACCGACGGUACUACGGCCUCCCGACGAAGAAAUCCGAAAUCAUGCUGCUAUGCCACCUGAUCUUUUACGUCACGGUGCAGUUCGCCUCGAGCAUAGUGGCCCUGCUCUUCUCCGGCCCCGACAACGCCGCGCUGAUCCCGUGGAACAAGGAGGACAAAAUCCGCGCCGAGAUUCGCGCUCAAACCGCCGCGCUCUACGCCGCCAAACUGCGACAGCAGUCACAGGACAGCCUCACCAAGUCUCAUGACGGCGUGAUGGCGGUUGCACAGAGAUUUUCUGCCGAGCGGACUAGCGAACACCGCAAUCCAUUGAUGACGCGCCGGGUGAUUGUGCGCAGAAAGCUACGUCUGAAGGCGCGUGUUCCGGUCCCAACCGUCCCGAGACACAAUUCCUUGGACCAGACAGCCGUGAGCACCACCAACGACUCUGCGUCCACCUCAAAAGACCAGCACGCCAAUAACAAAUCCCCGGCCGACUCGCUGGCCAAGCGCAGCCCGAAAAGCGCGAAGCAGCGCACGCACGACUCCAAACUGCCAGCCGCCACCCAGGCCGCGAGCAGUCGCGUCAAGGAUUCGAGGCCAUCACUUGAUCGUCGCCCGACUACU